CUAUAGUGUUUCUUGGCAGAGAAAGAAUGGAAGGAUGGGAAAGGUGAGGGGGAGGCCUUUCUCCAAGGCUAUAGAAUAUAGACCGCCCGCCAUCCGUUCCAAAAACCGACCCGGUACUAUAAACAUGUUCCUCUCCGCUGUCCAAAACCCUUCUUCGUUAAUCGUUCGUCUCGAGCACUCUCAAAGCGGACCGAGGAAGAUUAUGGAAACGGACUCUGGGUUUCUACACCUCGUUUGUCAGCAUCUUUCCUAAAGCGAAAUGUGCAACGGAUCAUUUGCAGGCGGGAGGGCAGACAUCUUCACCAAAACGCCAAAAAGAGAUUAGGUACUCUGAGAAUGUCUAGUAGUUGUAAAAAAUGCCUUAG